UUAUUCAUUUGCAUGCUGAAUGUGUAUAAACAAGACAAUUUCUGUGAAGCCUCAUAAAUUUAGUGAAAAUUAGUUAGAAACGGAAAAAACCUGCAUUUACGAUCUAAACACGACGGUUUGGUCAUUUCUUAUCAUGGCUUUUUAUUGUGCAGCAAUUGGUUGUAAUUCGUCGAAUAUAGGGACAGGGACGGAUAAAGCGAAACGAUUAUUUAGAUUCCCUAUUGUGGAUCACUCUAAUUCGAAAACAGCGUCAAUAACUCGAGCUAGACAACUAGCAUGGCUUGUUGCAUUGAACAGAGACGACCUAUUCGAGUUGGAUUAUAACAAUACUAGAGUCUGUGAAUUACACUUUGUUUCCGGAAGAGCUGCAUACUUUGCUGACGUUAACAACGUCGACUGGAUUCCGACGAAGAAUUUGGGUUAUUUGGAAAAUUGUACGAGUGAUAAGCCGGUAGAGAAAGGCAGCUACGAUUGCAACAGAAAUGAAGAAACGAUGAGCAGAAGCCUAGCUGAUUUAACCUCGAACGAAAGUCAAACAAAAGUUAUACAUUUCUCAAUUGAGUUUCAAAAUGAAGACACUCCUGACGAUGAUGAUUUCCAAGACACUAAGCCGUCGCCUGCGCUCUUAGCAAAAUCAUUGGAAGAUUAUGUCCAGGACGAUGAUUCGUAUUACUAUGAUGAAAAUUCACGUCGCAACCAGCUAUACUGGACAACAGAUGCUACAAAAACGCUUAUCAAACUGCGCGGUGACAGGGAGUCCGAAUUCGAACAAGGCGGAGCACGGAAAAGUCAACUCUGGAUAGAUAUAUGUCGACGCAUGCGAUCGUUAGGCUACGAUUUUACACCGGAAAAAGUAUCGAAAAAAUGGCACAACAUUCUCAUCACGUACAACAAAAAUUUGAGUAAAAAGCAGCACUCGCAGCAAGUGAAUUGGGAAUUUUUCGAUGACAUUGAUGCUGUGUUCAAAAAUCGGCGCAUAGAAAUUGAAAGUACAUCAUCAUAUCAGGAAGACAGUCCACCCGUCACGGUGUCAGUGUCGUCAAAGCGAAGGACCGCGCCGGAGAUCAGUUUUUUCGAAAUUGAAAAGCUGAACAGUCGAGUAUCAUCUGAACCAUCAUCGACAAUGCAGUUGCACGAAGUUGACGAGGAAAAGCAGGACUACAAAAAAUUUAAAUUCAGUCCCGAAGAGGAGUUGAGCAAUUGCAAUGGCGAAUCGGACCGGAAUUGGUGGAAAGAUUAUUUCGAACAAAAAUUAGAAUUAGAAAAGGAAAAAUUGCAGAAAGAACACGAGCGUCACAAAGAUAAUUUGAAUUUUCAAAAAAUGGUUCUCGUUCAGGACAAACUGAAAGUGGAAGCGAUCAAUAGUUUAACUAGUGCCAUAAAGGAAUACACAAGACUUGUAGAGGCCAAACAAACAGACUAAUAAAUUUUACUCUUUUUUUUCUGUUCUUUUUCAUUAUUUAAGAUUCGUUCGACUUUUCAGUUACAACUUUCCUCUCGUCAUAAAGAUUAUUUAAGAAACCAUCGUUGUUUAAGCUUAUGUUUUCGUCUAUGUAGUAACAGUAGUUCUGUUUAUUCCUAGUUAUAAGUAUAAGAUUUAGUGAAUUAUGAUCUAGAAAUGUAGGAUGCAACUCUGAGUCUCUUCAGGAAAAUCAUCUAAGACUAAGAAAUCCAAGUUAUGUCACAAACUAAUUGUUUUUUUCUCCCUCAUUUCCGCUGCGCAUUAUUAUGCUAGUAUUAUAACAUCACAAAAUGCGUAGCUACUAAGAAAAUAUAGAGAUUAUUCUAAUGA